ACUGUGCCAAUACUACGGGCUCAACUCGCUCACCGUGCAUCCAUGGGUGUUGUUUCUUCGGCAGUUCCUGUGAGAACUUUGCUUCUCGCGGCGACCAUUUUCCUCGCGUCGGCAGAGCUCUCAUCUGGUGCUACGAGGCAUUACAAGUUCGAUAUAACACUGCGGAAUGUGACGAGGCUGUGCAAGACGAAGAGCAUUGUGACGGUGAACGGGGAGUUCCCGGGGCCAAAGAUCGUCGCGAGAGAAGGUGAUCGUGUUGUGGUUAAGGUGGUGAAUCAUGUUGAGAACAACAUCACCAUACACUGGCAUGGCAUAAGGCAGCUGCGCAGCGGAUGGGCGGAUGGCCCAGAACACAUCACUCAGUGCGCCAUCCAAACCGGGCGGAGCUACGUCUACAACUUCACCCUCGCAGGUCAGAGAGGCACGUUUUGGUGGCAUGCACAUGCCUCUUGGCUGAGGGCCACCGUCUAUGGCGCUCUCAUCAUCCUCCCCAAGCCCGGCGUUCCUUACCCGUUUCCGAAACCGUACAAGGAAGUCCCUAUCAUCUUCGGUGAGUGGUUUAAUGCAGAUCCAGAGGCUGUCAUUGCCCAGGCUCUGCAGACUGGUGCAGGGCCAAAUGUCUCUGACGCUUACACGAUCAAUGGUCUUCCCGGGCGCUUGUAUAAUUGCUCGGGAAAAGAUACGUUCAAGCUGAAGGUGAAACCCGGGAAGACGUACCUACUUCGACUGAUCAACGCUGCACUCAACGACGAGCUCUUCUUCAGCAUCGCCAACCACACGGUCACCGUCGUCGAGACCGACGCCAAUUACGUCAAGCCCUUCGACGCUGACACCGUCCUCGUCACGCCCGGCCAGACCACCAACGUCCUUUUGCACGCGAAGCCGACGUUUCCCAACGCCGCUUUCCUCUUCGCGGCGCGGCCUUAUGCCACCGGGCAAGGCACGUUCGACAACACCACCACCGCCGGCGUCCUCGAAUACCGGAACCCGAUCGGUUCCGGCAGUACGAAGCUGCCGCUCUUGAGGCCGGCGCUUCCAUCUCUUAAUGACACUGCUUACGCCACCAACUUCUCCAGCAAGCUUCGCAGCCUCGCGGAUGCUCGGUAUCCCGCCAACGUGCCGCGAACCGUCGACCAGCGAUUCUACUUCACGGUCGGCCUCGGCGCCGACCCCUGCCCCGCGAACCAAACUUGCCAAGGCCCCAGUGGCACCAAGUUUGCUGCGUCCAUCAACAACGUCUCCUUUGCGUUCCCCUCCACCGCUCUGCUCCAGGCUCACUACUUGGCUCGGUCUUACGGGGUGUACACGACGGACUUCCCCAACAACCCUCCGUCUCCCUUCAAUUACACGGGGACUGCCCCCAACAACACGUUCGUGAGCCAUGGAACGAAGGUGGUAGUGCUGCCGUUCAACACCAGCGUGGAGGUGGUGAUGCAGGACACCAGCAUCCUAGGGGCGGAGAACCACCCGAUGCACCUCCAUGGCCACAACUUCUACGUGGUGGGGACAGGCUUCGGGAACUACGACCCGAUGAACGACCCUCCCAAGUUCAAUCUGGUCGACCCCGUGGAGAAGAACACCGUCGGCGUCCCGGCCGGCGGGUGGCUCGCCAUCCGCUUCCUUGCUGAUAACCCUGGCGCAUGGCUCAUGCACUGCCAUAUCGACGUGCAUCUCAGCUGGGGAUUGAGGAUGGCGUGGCUGGUCAACGACGGGGCACUCCCCACCCAGAAGCUGCCCCCUCCGCCAUCCGAUCUCCCGAGAUGUUGAUGCUGACCGUUCGAUGGGUUGAUUCGUCCUCCUCUUGGGCUUGCUGCUUUAUUAUUAUUAUUAUUAUUAUUAUUUUGGACCGUAAUUUUGUCUUCAUUUUGUCCUUGUGAGGUUUUCGCAUGAGUGAAAUCGAUGUCAUGUAUGCAUGAUUUGGUGCAGUAGAGUCCAAUGCUCCGACUGGUCCACGCACCACAUGCCCUGUCUCGUGUCCUCUCUCGUAAACACCUUAAACAAAGUUAUCCAAGCCCACGUGGCAGACAAAGCUACAUUGCAUUGAAAUUUUUGCCUUGCCACUGUUUCCCUAAACAACACAUCAUGGGUAGAAAUGCAUGAUGUGGGUUGACACUUAUUCCACAUGAUCUUAGAAUGAAACUUGGACAAAGGCUAUGGUGGUAGGUGCAUGCAUGGAUGUCCCUAUUUGAGGGCACGUACAGCCGCGGAGGCCUCGUGGAGUAGCACUUGCUGUCGACUGCGUGCCCUCAAAGUUUACUCGGAUCUCCACCACGUAAUGUCUCCACGAACGCCACGACAAAAACUCAUCAUAGUCGUCGAUUCUACGUGGCCCCACUCCCCCUCCACGCCAAUAAUUGGUGGAUCAGAAAGUUCCUGAUGCGUUGACCGUUGACAACGUCCGAUGAGCUCGUGCGCGAUGCCGAUCGGACGGUCGCGAUGGAGUUGGGAUCCACG